GGUGUUUAUUAUGGUUUGACUGUGAGUGGCGAACGGACGUGUUUUAAAGAGCAGUGCGGGAACUUGUUCGCUUUGCUUCAGCGAAAUUUUUUCCAUUUAUAGACAAAAACUUAUUCCAUACAUAUACUACAUACAUAAAAAAUAUUUUACUCGUUUCUUCUUUGUUGUGGUGAAUAUCGGGUGCUUCCGUGCUUUAAGUUGAAGCUGGUAAAAAGUUGUUUGACUAACAAGAAAUUUGCAAAUUAGAGAUUCAUUACCGAAUCUUCCUUUUAAUACUUUUAUAACAAUCCAGUUGGCUUAGAAGAGUAGCUUGUGAUUCCAACAAAGUAAGCAUUAAUUAAAUGCUAUUAAGUGACUUUCCAAUUGUUCUUUAAGUGUACGAUAUAUAAAAUUGUGGUUGAUAAUUUGUUUUCCACAUUACGCCUGCAUAUUUUAUAUUAUUUUUAAACGAGAAGAGUUAUAAUUCUAAAAAUCUUAAAGAAAGAGCUGUGAAUGUAAAAUACAAUUAAAUUAAUUUAUCAUAAUUCAAACGGUCGCAGUACCUCGAAACAUCAUUUCGCUAACUUCAAUAUGGCUCCGCUAAUGCAGAUUCUUCUAAAAGCCUUGAUUGGACUAAUCUGUUGUAGAAUUAAUACCCAAGUCGGUGCAUCAUUUCCCUAUUAUGGUACGAAAAUCGGCGCUUUAACACGAUUACAUCAUGGCGUUUCGGGAGAUGUAUACGCCGUUGAUUCUCGAACACUGUUUAUUAAAAAUUUCAAUUAUGAUGGAGAGGCACCAGCGGCAUACUUCUAUGUGGGAAACACAGCAAAACCCAGCAACGAUGGGGCACAACGCCUAAGAGAUGAGCGAGGCGGAGUUACUGCUCUUAGUCGACGUUACCGUAACAAAGACAUAACAUUACCGCUACCCGAUGGGAAAACGUUACGUGACUUUAAAUGGUUUUCAGUUUGGUGUGAUGAGUUCGCCGUAAAUUUUGGUCACGUUUCUAUUCCAGCAGAUUUGGACUUUCCUCGCCCUCAAAAAAUUGCAUCCCUUAAGGGUGUACACGCAGUGUCCUCGGAAAAUAUUGUAAUUGUGGAUGCACAAACGCUUUUAAUACCAAACUUUAGCUAUGAUGGUGAAGCACCAGACGCGAAAUUCUGGGUUGGUCGAGGUCAGCGACCUAGUCCUCAAGGUCUACGUAUCCCUGAUGAGAAUGGCAAAGAAAUACCACUGCGUCGCUAUGAUCGCAAAACUAUUGUGCUCACUUUACCCGAUGACUUAACCAUAUUUGAUAUUGGACAUUUUGGUGUUUGGUGUGAGGCAUUCACCGUCGACUUUGGUCAUGUUCGUAUUCCAGAGGGAUUAAAUGUGCCACCAUCACUGAAAAUGCUUGGUAUUAGCCCGCAGUCGAGAUUAAAUUGUGAAGUUCUGUAUGAUGAUUUAGCAUUCGAAGUGAGAUGGGCCGUUGCGGGCGACAGUAUUGUCAUACAACUUAUUGCGAAAUUAGACAGAAACGAGUACAUGUCCUUUGGUGUAUCAAAAUCUCGUGAAGAAAGCAAAAUGAUUGGAUCCGAUGUUGUAGUUGCUUGGGUUGAAAAAGAUACUGGUAAAGGUUUCGCAGUGGAUUAUUAUUUGAGCGAUAAAUCACAAUGUUCUGGUGGACUUGGUGUAUGUCCAAAAGUUAAUAUUGAGAACGGUACAAACUCAAUACGUCUACUAAAUGCUGCAUGGGUAAAUGGAUAUUCCAUUGUCACUUAUCAACGAUCUCUACAAUCGAAUAGCAUAUUAGAUGUACCGAUUUUAGUAAAUCUGUCACAAGCGAUUGUGUGGGGAAUCGGUCCACUCAAUGAACGAAAUGAAGCUUCAUAUCAUACAUAUUUUACACGAUAUUCUACUCAAAUUGAUUUUGGACGGCAGCCCAUUUGGAACUGCCCUUCACCUGAAGGCUCGAAAGCAGAUAGAGAAAGUGAUGAUAAUAAUCAUCAAACUGAUUUUCAGACAUACUCAGCUUAUACUCACAAUAAUACGCAGUCUGAAGAGUUUUACGAUAAUCGUCCACAAGCCUUACUAAGUACAAGUAUGCGCCAGGCAAUGCGACCUUUGCAACAAGCACGUCCUCAACAUCAACAUCAAAUUCCAACACCUAAACCUACUAGCACCAAUGGAGCCUGGGAUAUUCCUGCCAUACAAUGCUAUGAACCCGAAGAUGGAGUAUUUUAUGCACAGAUGGGGCCCACAGGUGGAAAGCAUGGCUAUUCAGCAAUAACAGGGCAUGUUGGUUGGGGUAUAUCUUGGUAUAUAAAUGGCUUACUUAUACCAGAAAUUAAUGUUGUACGUGGCAAAACCUAUACAUUUGUUGUAGAAGGUGGUAUUGAUGCCGAUAUACCUGCAAAAUACCACCCAUUCUACAUUACCGAUGACUCUGUUGGUGGCUACGAACAUAAAAGAGAGGAAGAAAAGAAGUCGGUUCGCAUAUUUGCUGGUGUACAUCGAACUCGUUCUGGUCAAGUGACACCGACAGGAGUUGGGCGACUUUGCAACUGGACUCCGGAUGUUGAUGGUCCACCUGCAGAUGAUUAUCAAUCGUUCGGUGCUUACCAACGUACUCUAACUUUAAAAUGUGAUCCCGGUGAACCUGGUGUCAUAACUUGGACCCCCGAUCGUAAUACUCCAGAUACAGUUUAUUACCAAUGUUUCACGCAUCGUUACUUGGGCUGGAAAAUUCACGUUCACGAUUCUUGUGAUGAUUCAGAGUUUUCUGCAUCGGCAUCGGAGAAACACGAAGAUCUCACCCCGCAUUUUGAUCCUGCUGAUGCUGAUGCGGAAGCAUCAAUUCGUCAUGAAACCAAGGUCAGCCCCAACGAUAAGUUUUUAUUGAUGCACCAAACAAAUUUGAUUAAAAACCAUAAUAUGAAUGGAACUCCGCCAAAAUUAUCUUUUGAAAUAACGAAAUCAUCAGAAAUUACUAAACUGAUUUCAGAUGGAAUCCGAGCCGCUGAAGCUCUCGAGGAGAGCAUACUAAAGAACACGAAUGCCUACAACACAAAUGUCAAUAUCACCACUAUUCAAAAAAUUAAAUAUAAUAAUACCGAGGAUUCAAUGGAACCCACAAAUAUGCAACAUCAACAACAGUCUUAUAUGAAAUCUAUAGCAAGCAUUAAAAAAAACACUGUUGGAACAAUUUCCCUUGCAGAAUCACCACAAGGAAGAUUACCAUUGGAACCAAUUAUUUCUUCAGCUGUGCCAGAAAUAUUACGUGGCGAAAAUCAUAUUAAUAUGAAUCAAAAAAAUUCACAAAUAUUUUUAGAAACAAGCUCUAAAAAAGCAUUAUCAUCCACAUCAUCAAUUUCUCACAAUCAUCAUUCACAGCAUACACAAUCUCACAAUCAUUUGUAUAACCUUACUAAUAUUCCAGCACAAAAGCCUAUAGGUCUAUCAGAGUUUCUCCGUCCUCCUCAGAAUGCUGGACUUUUAAAUGCUGUAAAAUUACCAGGACGUCGUCCAUUUUUCAGACCCAUCAAGAAGAUACAAUCUACUAAACCUGUAUUGCCGUAUUUGCCUCAACGUACACCUCAAAUUUCCUUACAACCGGUACCACAACCAUCCGUUAUUGUGAGCCAUUACCGUAAGGCAUUUCCUGGGUUUUUAAAAACAUUCCUUAAUGAAAAACCAUUUCCGAUUCAAUCUAUAGCUGCUUCCGUAUUAUUACUCGGCGAGCCAACGACUUUGAAUGAACAUCGAAAAAAUGAACCGACAUUGGUACAAUUAAAAUCAAACACGAAUAUACCUGUGCCAUACAGCGAUGCUGUACCACAAGAAGCAAAUGCGACUAUUAUUUUUGCCAAUAAUGAAUAUCAUGCAAAUUCAGAUAAAGACGAUUUUGAUUCUGGAACAAAGAUUAAUAAUGGAUUUCAACCCAAUUCUGUAGUAAUAGAAAGUGGUUUUCGACCAAUUAUUCGUACAGAUGGUCAUCCUCAACAUCACAUCAUAAAUCAAAUAGCUCUUCGUCGUGAAGAUCCAGGAUCAGAAAUCGACGAGGUUAUGCAAACGGACACACUUUUCCUUACAGCGCAAAAAGUAACACAAACGCAAAAUUUUGAACCAAUGUUCAUUCCAUCACCACCCGAUAGCACAAAUGUAACUAUUAUUUUACAAAAUGUUGUUUCGUCUUCGCCAACUUCGAAUCGAAAUGAAUUUCGCUCAAAUCUAUCAGAAAAGUACCCUAAUACUGCUAAAUUGCGCAAUUCGACCACAGAGGAUGUUUUCUCAGAAGUGGUGGUUGAGAACUUAGAUGGCGAUGCCACUAAUAAUCUUGAGGAAGCUGCAACAAAAAUAACCACAAAAAAUGAUAAAACCGGCAAAGAUUCUUUGAGCACGCAGGGAAACCACAGUUUGCUUCUCGAAGAUAUAAUGUCUGAAAUGGAGCAGAUCGAUGAUGAAAAUGACCGAGAAGCGCAAGCAGCCGAGCGAAUAGACACAUAUUAUCUGCCUCCCGAUAAUCGCAAAAUCCCACAUUCCAGCUUACCGAGCGGCGCCGUUGUUACAUUUGACGGAAAAUCCAUAGUAGAUGGUAAUUUAGUUUUACCACCGAAACUGGAAACGUUUGAAGACACAAACCCGAGGCGACAAGCUCACGGCCUUUCCCAAAUUGAACAACUUAUCCGAAGUACACCUCAAGUCCAGCCGUUUCGAGGGGAAAUACCACAACCCGUAGUAGAGUUUCUAUCGAAUGAACGCUCACGAAAUCGAGCCAUUGGUACGGGUGGUGGGGGUAUGGUAGGCGCAGUCGGUCAUGAGAACCCAGGUCCAUAUUUACCUUUAACUUCACUUUCACCACCACGAGUUCAUUCAACUAAAUUACAAUUAUUACAUUCAUCCACCUAUAGGCAAUAGCUUAAAUAAAAUGGAAAUGGGACAAAAAAAACUAUUGUCAUUAAUAUAAUAGAAAAUUAUGUAUAAAAUUUUUACUAGCAGAAAAUAAAUAUUAAAAAAAUAUUUUGAUAUAAUUAAA